AUGACCAAGGCACUAGCCACCAAGAAGACACAGAAUUUGCGCAACUCAGGGGCCCUCUGUCCCUUUUAUACCUCAGAACUUCCAUCACAGGUCCUGGAGAAGCCAGUGAGGAGCAUCAAGUACAUGGAGAAGGAAAUAAUAAACCUCAAAAAGGACCUCAGACGAAGCCGCUUCCUGAUCCAGUCGGUGAAGAUAGGCCGCGGCUACUUCACCAUGCUGCAGGAGGAGAGCGCCUGGAAGAAGAGGCAGCAGCAACUCCAGAAACUGAGAGAGGAAGAAAAACAUAAAUUCCAACCAGCCAAAAGGAUCUCGGACCUCCACUACAAGGAUAUUCUUUUGGCCACACACGAUGGUGAGAAGAUCAAGAAGCUGGGCACUAGCACCCUGUUCCGCCCGUUCACCCCCAGGCACAGCUGCAUCAUCGCGCCCUGGCUGCCGAAGGCUCACGUGGAACCCCUCUUCCGCCAGCUCUGCGCCCUCCACUGGCUUCUGGAGGCCCUGACCAUCGACCACACCCACCACACCAUGAAGCCCUUGAUCACCUGCUGGAACCCAAAGGACCCAGGUGGAAGCAAGAGCACGAUAAAAAAAAUCAAUAAGGACAAGUCUACAGGACAGAGGUGGGAGCAGUUCAUCACGGUGCCGAAGGCCAAGAAGUUCAAAAUCCCUCCACUCCGCAUGAGCCGCAAACCUAGCCGGCGAGGUUCCACGCUCAGUCUGUCUCGGGCUAGUGGGGGCUCCUCCCCCCAGAGCAGCGUGAUCUCUGUGAACCCUGGCUCAGAGGAGCUCGCUAACAUGGCCAUCCUGGGGACAGGCAGCAAGGACGAGGACAACGACUCAUCUUCAACCAAGCCAGAAGAAGAACCUCUCCACAUCAAUCUUCAGAAGCUCCUGGAGAUGGUUGGGGAAGACGCCCGGAGGACGGUCACGAUGGAGAACGAGAUGCGAAAAACAGCGCCCAGCACCUUGUCUACAAUGAGACGAAAGAGCGAUUCUGUCUAUAAAGACAUGCAGACCACCCGCAAGUCAAGUGACCGAUCCAGCAGUAAAAGUGCAGAAAGCCACAGCCAGCCCACUCAGAAGAAGUCCAAAGGCCGCACCAACCGCGACCUCAUCCACUACAAGAGCAGCGUGUGCAACACCAUGAAGGCCAAGUUCUACAGCGUGGCCCAGGAGGCCGGCUUCUGUCUGCAGGACAAGAUGGAAAUCCUCAUGAAGCGCCAAGAAGAGAGAGGUCUCCAGAAGUUCCACGCUUUUGUCCUCGUCUCCAAUUUUCAAAAGGAUGUAGCAAAAAUGAGACAUAAAGUCUCCCUGGUCAAAGGACGCGUAGAAGAAGUCGCCGACCACUGGUACUUUGAUCUUCUGUCCAAACUCCCCGAAGACCUGAAGAACUUCCGCCCCGCCAAAAAGAUCCUGGCAAAACUGCAGAAGUUUGGGGAGAACCUGGACCUGAGGAUCCGGCCCCACGUGCUCCUGAAGGUGCUGCAGGACCUGAGAAUCUGGGAGCUGUGCUCUCCUGACAUCGCCGUGGCCAUCGAGUUUGUGCGAGAACACAUCAUCCAUAUGCCACAAGCCGACUACAUCACCUGGCUGCAGAACCGGAUCAGCAACCCCAUCCGGCCCCACAGUGUCCAGAUAUAG